GGGUGCGUCGCAGGUUUUCGUUCUUCUUUUUCAUGGCUAGCAUUGACAGCGCCGACAGAGAAUUUGUCAUACUGCGGUCAUACUCCAAUUAUGGAAAGUGUCUAUCCCAAAGAGCCGCUGGAGGUGCCUAAAGAGGUGCACGAGGAGCCGGAGCAGCAGCAGCUGUUGGCACCACCAGCGCCGCCCAGCUACGAUCAGGCAACGGCCACGACCACGCCCACGCCUGCCCAGACAACCGGACCCGGAAUCGGACCGGCAACAACAGGGACAAGCACCCAGCACACGGUGAUCGUGGUGCCCAGCUCGCCGUAUGGGCCGGAGCCACAGGAUGUACAGUGCCCGUACUGCCACAAUUACACGCGCACCCGCGUCUCCUACAGGCCCAACUCGCGCACCCACCUGAUUGCGCUGGUGCUGUGCUUGCUGCAACUCUACUGCUGCGUGUGCCUGCCCUACUGCAUUUCCAGCUGCAUGAACACCAAUCACUACUGCGGCAUGUGCGAUCACUACCUGGGCACCUAUUUGCGCAAGUGACGCCCCCAACCCCACCCCCCGCAUAGCCGGAUGUGGAACUCCAAAAUGAACGUUUAUCUGCAGCAGCAGCAGCAGCAGCUUUGGCUAAAAAUACAGAAUUAUACCUGAGAUACACAUACACACGCAUAUGUACACACAGUUGCGGUUAAUUACAUACGUAUAUGCACAUAUCUACCUGUAUUUAAAGAGCAGGCAUUUGUGUACCUUAGAUAA